GUAUGCUAUCGAUGCAUAAAUAAAUUUCUGCGUGUAGAUGCAAACAGUUUUUCUUUAACCAUAUCACUUUUUCAACGCAUGUUGAGAGAUCCUGUAUCAGGAUAACUUUAGCUAAAAGUAGUUGCAGAAUGUGUGGGCGUACUUGCCUUACCCUGGAGCCUAAGGAAGUUCAGUGCUGCUGUAAAUACCAGAAAACAUUGCAAGCCAAAUCGAAACAACCGGAAUAUCGCAAUGAGUUUAAUUGCGGUCGAAAAUACCAGCCAUCGCAUAACAUCGCUCCGACAGAUUUGAGCCCGGUGCUGGUAUCGGCGGCGCAUUUCAACGAGGAUAUGGACAGCGCUGAUCGAGUCAUAGUGCCAAUGAUGUGGAGUAUGGUACCGCGAUGGCACAAAGGUGAUUACCGAAAGCACGGUCUCACGACAAAUAAUUGUCGGCUAGAAAAUUUGGUCAAAUCGAAAUUAUUCAGCCCGCCGCUGAAUGCUGGACAACGAUGCGUAAUUCUCUGCGAAGGAUUCUACGAGUGGCAAACUACGAAAGCUGUCAAGGCAUCCGAGCGCCGAGCUUUUUACAUUCACAUGCCUCAGAAUGAAAAGGUGAAAAUAGAAGACAAAUCAACUUGGGAUAUGAGCAAUACCGGGAUAGCGUUGCUCAAAAUGGCUGGACUCUUCGACGUGUGGGAAGAUGAAAAUGGAGAUAAACUGUACAGUUAUACGGUAAUCACCCUUGAGUCGAACCAAAAAUUUUCGGAAAUCCAUCAUCGUAUUCCUGCGAUUUUGGAAACAGAAGAAGAAGUUACACAGUGGCUUGAUUUUCGACGCACUGGGGUGAACCGGGCUCUUAAUUUAUUGAAGCCGAGUGAAUCUAUUCAAUGGUACUCCGUCUCAAACAUUGUGAACAAUUCAAGAAACAAAUCUGACCAGUGUAACAAGCCUGCAGGCAAAAGCAUCGAUAAUCCGAAAACUAAUUUAAUGCAAAGGUGGCUACUUGCCAAAAAGCGAAAUAAUGAGGAUUUUGAUGUUCAAGGGUCUUCAAGUGACACCAUAGUUAAGAAACCUAAAUAUGAAGCUUAA